AUGCUACACCCGGUACUUGAUCUCAGCGACCUUAACGUUAUACUCGUGGUGUCAAGCUUCUACGCUCUCGUUAUUGGUUUUAUAUCUCUGAAGGUCAAGCAAAAUUGGUAUCUCGGUGAAGCCUUGCCGGCCUUUGUCACCGGUGUCGUUUUUGGGCCGUUCGGCGCGAACCUCGUCAGGGCACUUCCUGCAGGAAGAAGUCAGAUUGAGAACACGGCAAACGAAAUCACCUAUUCAUUGACCCGACUUGUGAUCGGGAUACAGUUGGUGAAGGUUGGAUAUGAAUUGCCCAAGAAAUACUUGAAACGCCGCUUCAAGGAAAUGACGAUCUGUCUACUACCUUUGAUGGCCAUAGGGUGGAUUGCAACAUCUACGUGCAUCAAACUAAUGAUCCCACGUAUCUCGUUUCUCGCAGCUCUGAUUAUAGGCUCCUGCGUGACUUGCACCGAUCCCAUUCUCUCCCAAGCUAUCGCAAAGGGCCCAUUCGCUGAUAACUAUGUUCGCCGGCACCUCCGGGAGUUCAUCUCGUCUGAGGCCGGUGCGAAUGACGGCUUCGGCUUCCCUUUCUUAUUGCUCGGUGUGUCACUUCUUCGGUAUGCCGGUACACCAACGAACGCUAUCGUACUGGAGGAAUUUGAUCUUGCGAAAGGGGAGCCGGAUCUCCUCGGUGCAACGGACGUCGGCCGUUUUGGUGGCGGCGCAGGUACCGCUCUUAAGCAUUGGUUUGUGGAAGGGUUUUUAUACAUGAUUGUUUUAGGCACUGCCUAUGGGGCUGUUGUCGGCUUUGUUUGUCGGAAAAUCCUGGACGUGUCUACUAAAAUGAAGUGGAUUGAUCCAGGGUCCUUCACCUUGCUUCCCGCAGUUCUAGGUAUAUUCAUUGUCGGCUCAUGCGGCUGUUUUGGUUCCGAUGAGACUCUAGCAUGCUUUAUUGCAGGCAGUAUGCUUAAUUGGGAUGGCCUUUAUAAUGCAGAGCUUCAAGCGCGGCAUGAUUCGUUCAACUCGGCCCUUGAAACUCUUCUCAACUACUUAACCUUUGGGUAUCUUGGUGCGGUUAUGCCUUGGAACGAGUUUCAUAUGCCCGAAACCACCGGUGUAACUAUACCUCGCCUUCUAGGGCUGGGAAUGCUGGUACUAAUAUUUCGGCGCAUUCCUGCAAUCAUGGCAGGAUAUCGGUUCAUGCCGGAGAUUUGUAGUAACUGGACUGAAGCCCUAUUCAUGGGACAUUUUGGGCCAAUUGGGGUUGGUUCGAUUGCAUAUGUAGAGUAUGCUCGACGACUAUUCCCUGAAGGCGAAAGCGAUAGAGAAAUCAAUGCUCUAACCAAUGCCAUGAGACCAGUUGUAUACUGGCUAGUUUUGUUUUCGAUCAUUGUGCACGGGUUGUCUGUCCCUUUCCUUCACAUGCUCUAUAAAGCCUGGGAUGUUCCGAGGGUCCACGACCACCCUGUGGAAGUGGCUCUUUUGUCUGAGAACGAACCGUUGCCGAACAACAGCACGGCGAACCCACAACGACACUCUGUACUGGUAAACAACCGGUUCGCCGAGCCAGACAGCUCUGCCGAGGACUCAGAUGAAGAAAAAGAACUAAGAGAGCAUCGAGCCUCCACCGAGAGGAUACGGCCACGGAGCGAGCGUAGCUCAUCCUCGCAUAGCCUAGAAAUGCAGGUGUCCCGCGAAUCAGCUCGCCUGAGUCGUGAAGCGGAUCCAAGGAACAUCGUAUGA